AGUCACUUCUGGUUCCUGGGUUAAGGCGCUGGGGCAGGAGCGGGCGCUCCGCGCCGGGCGGCCGCGGGCUCCGCAAGGCGCUCGUUUCCUGUUCCCAAGAUGAUGGCAGUGUAAGUUAUAAAGUAUUUCCACUGAAGAAACUGUUUUGAAAGCAGAAAUAUGUAGAGAAGUACUUGCUUCUGGAUGGCCUCUGUAUUCUCAUGUGAACCUACAAGAGGUCUGUUAACUUGACCAUCUUUUCAGUGAUGAAACAACAUUGGGAAUUAUGGAUAAAAACAUUGGAGAGCAGCUUAAUAAAGCUUAUGAAGCCUAUCGACAGGCAUGCAUGGAUAGGGACCAUGCUGUGAAAGAACUGCAGCUAAAAACAGAAAACUACAUACAGCAAAUACGUGAACAGCAGGAACAGAUAGAGCUUCAAAACAGUAUUAUUGCAAAAUUGAAAUCGCAGUUAGCUGCUCUGAAUGCUAAUAGAGGUAAUGCGCAUUCCUACAUUCUGAUGCCUGAAGAAAUCGAAACCUCCAACUUAUCUUUCAGCCAGCUCUCUGAAAAACUGAACAUAGCAAAGCAAAGAGAAAAACUCCUAAAGGAACAAUUAGAAAAUGAGAGCAUUAAGAUGAAACAAAUUGAGGACAAAAACAAUCAAAAGGAAAGAAAGCUUUUAUCUAUUAUUUCCAACCAAGAAGAUAAAAUAAGAACUCUGAAAAUCAAAUUGAAAGAAUUAAAUGAAGCACAGAAGGGUAUACAGAUGCCAAUAUAUAAAAUGGAGGUGAAAAGUAAGAAAGUUGUUCCAGAUAAGCAUGAGUUAUCUCUAGGAAUCUCUGGUAUUUCACCUGUGUCUGAAAGGGAGAAUCUGGAGACUAUUUUCCAGGAGAUGAAAGAAGAAUGUCAUCGAAUACGUAUGCUAGCCAGAGAACAAACAGACCAACUGAGUAAAUUUAAGAUAAAGCGAGAACCUGAAACUGAAAUACAGUUUUCCAUGCCUAUACAGUGUACUGAUAAAACUGAUGAACAAGCAGAAGAGCUUUUUAAACCUCGGGUUAUAAAGGAUAUAAAUAGAGGUGCAUCAUGCAUCACAUCUAUCACACCAAGAGGAGUGGGCCAAGAUGAGGACAACAACUCUGUAGAAUCACUUUCUAAAUUUAAUGUCAAGUUUCCACCUACAGACAAUGACUCUGCUUUCUUGCAGAGCACUCAGGAUAAACCAACAGUUCCUUGUACUGGUAUAGCUGAAAACAUGCUUCAAGAUCAUCAUUUUAACCUGGAGCACAGAGACCAUGCUGUUAACCUCAGUAAAUUGGAAUCUAACUCAUUUGAAGCUCAUGGAGUUGAUCGCAUGACCUCAGCUUUACAAAACUUAACUACUGUUGACAAAACAAACCCCCCAAAUCAUGCAAACAUGCCCAUAGAAAAUACCCAUGACAAAACAUGUUUAAAAACAACAGAGACUGGUCUCACAUUUGUAUCUAAGCACACAAACCCAGCUGUACCUGAAGUAAUUUUUUCUUCCUUAGAAGCUGCUGGGACAACCAUCAGAGGUCCUCAUCAGCUUGUUUGGCAGCCUCAAGACAAUGUUUUGCUGGCACAAGCCUAUACAGACUCUGAACUGAAUCAGUGUGGAAUAUGUGAAUUCUGUCGAGAAGUUUUCCCACCAUCUAUAACAUCUAAGGAAGAUUUUCUUCGGCAUCUGAAUUCCCACUUUAAAGCACAGUCUUAAUGUAUGAGAAUUGAAUGGAUCUCUGUUUUUGCAUACAUUUGAUUUUUUUAUUCAAACAAUAUGCUAAGAAUUUAAGAAUUAAGACUUUUUAUAACAAGAACUCGAGACUGAAAUUGUCUGUCAGAUAAGCAGAUUUUUAAUUGUCAUCUGACAAGGUAAAAUGAAACUAAGUCAUUCAGUACUGUAAUGUACAUUAUUGCUUGUCAUGCUUCAAUAUUACCUUCGAGACUGAUGUUACAUCAUG